GUCUCCCCAUAUAAACUGGCUAUCCUCUGAUUCAUAUGCACGAUAUUCUACACAAACCAAAGAAAUCCCAAAUUCGAAACCCUAGAUCUCUCUCUCUCAGCGGAAAUGUCGGGUCGUGGUAAGGGUGGCAAGGGAUUGGGCAAAGGAGGAGCUAAGAGGCACAGGAAGGUGCUUCGGGACAACAUUCAGGGCAUCACCAAGCCUGCGAUUCGGCGUCUGGCGAGGAGAGGCGGUGUCAAGAGGAUCAGCGGUCUCAUCUACGAGGAGACCCGUGGCGUUCUCAAGAUCUUCCUCGAGAACGUUAUCCGCGACGCCGUGACCUACACGGAGCACGCCCGGAGGAAGACAGUGACCGCUAUGGAUGUGGUCUACGCGCUUAAGAGACAGGGCAGGACCUUGUAUGGAUUCGGUGGUUGAGUUGCGUUCUUGUUUAAUCUGCCAGAGCUGUAAAUUCGUUAAUCAUCCCUGUGGUAGUCGUGAUGCCUGUUGUAGUUGUAGAGUUUCAUGACUCUAGGCUACUCCUUUUCGCAUGUGAUUUGGAUUUUGUUUGAAAUGAAAGCUGGAUGGAUCGUAA